AUGGAAUGGAAUCUUCAAGUAAGAGAAGAUCCUGCUAAUGAGAUGGAAUCUAUCAUCUGUUCUUCACUGGUUGAGUGCACUGGUCAAGCUAAGAACAUGUCAACAGAUGAAGAUCUUCAUCUCCGGGAUGAAAGGAUGCUGAAGGAUGCCAUUAUAGAACCAGAUCCGUAUACUACUUACCUUGGUGAUGGGGAAGGUUCUGACAUGGCCGCCGGAGGAAGAAAGGGUGGUGGGCCAAAGAAGAAGUCCGUGUCUAAGUCCGUCAAGGCCGGUCUCCAAUUCCCCGUCGGAAGAAUUGGGCGUUACUUGAAGAAAGGAAGGUACGCGCAACGUGUCGGAACCGGUGCUCCAGUUUACUUGGCUGCUGUUCUGGAAUACCUAGCUGCUGAGGUGCUUGAAUUGGCUGGAAAUGCUGCUCGUGACAAUAAGAAAAACAGGAUUAUUCCUAGACAUCUGCUUUUGGCUGUGAGGAAUGAUGAAGAAUUGGGGAAACUGCUUUCUGGAGUGACAAUUGCUCAGGGUGGUGUGCUGCCUAACAUUAACCCUAUUUUGUUGCCUAAGAAGACUGAGAAGGCUUCCAAGGAGCCCAAAUCUGCGUCCAAGGCCACCAAAUCUCCAUCCAAGGCCACUAAAUCUCCCAAGAAGGCUUAA